GAUAAAAACAAGUCUCACAAAAAUAAACACAAAAAAAAGUCAUUUCAGUCUUUCACAAGUUCUAAGAAGUGAAAAUUCUAUUUUGUGCACCAAUUUAUAGGUCAAUUUUUAAAGAUUCAAUUAAGCAUCUACCUGCUGAGAAGAUUAAAAUCAUAGAAAGAUUGUGUUUGAAAUUUAAUUUUUUGUUGAGAAAUUUUUUCAUGUUUUAAGCAAUUAAAUUUAAGAAGAAGAAAAAUACAAAUUCAUCCAGUUUAAAGACAAAAAAACUAUAAAAAAAGAUCAUCUUAGAAAUUUAAGCAAUUAACAAGUAGAUAACAUUAACACAAGCAAUUAACUGGAUGAAAUGUCUAACAAUAAUUUUGAUCAGACAUCUAACACCAAUGCUGUUUCAGGAAACUUAUCAAAGCAGGAAUCUGUAAUGAGCAUAUACGAACCCACACCAAUGAGUCCAACAAAAAGCAAUUCAGGAAGCAAUGGAUCGUUAUUGAAGCCUCCGUCACUUAACACCCCAGACAAUUCAAUUGAAAAUCCAAUAACGCGUAAAUUCAGUUAUGGAAAUCUUGGAAAUCAAGCAGAAGCUCGAGUUCUUGUUUUGUUUACUGGAGGAACUAUUGGUAUGAUGCGAAACGAUAAAAAUGUACUUGAGCCCAUUGCCAAUCAGCUGCUUAAGCGGAUGCGAAAAUAUCCCCACAUGCAUGACGAAGAAUACGCAUCGAAGCGAUUUGGAAAAUCUUCUUUGAUGGCACCUUUGGUUCUUCCACAUGUUGAAGGCGAACAUCGGAGAAUAAUUUAUACAAUUUCUGAAUAUGAACCGUUGUUGGAUUCCAGCAAUAUGACCUUUCAAGAUUGGAUGAAAAUUGCAGAAGACAUUAUGCAAUCUUAUGAGUUCUUUGAUGGAUUUGUUGUUCUACAUGGAACUGAUACAUUAUCUUACACAGCUUCCGCGCUUUCAUUCAUGCUUGAGAAUCUUGGCAAAACUGUAAUCAUCACCGGAUCCCAAAUCCCAAUCUUCGAAACACGAUCUGAUGGCAAAGACAAUUUCAUGGGUUCACUCAUUAUUGCGGGAAACUACGUGAUUCCUGAAGUAUGUGUGCUUUUUAACUCCAAACUCUUCCGCGGAAAUCGGACGAUAAAAAUUAGUUCGGCAUCACUUGAUGCUUUUGAUUCUCCGAAUGUUUCUCCAAUUGCUAAAUUGGGACUCAGCGCUGAAGUUGAUUAUCGUCUAAUUUUUCGUCCAUGUAAAGUAGCAAAAUUUACUGUUCACUCAAAAUUAGAUGAAAAUGUUGGAAUUUUGAGAAUCUUUCCGAACAUGCCAACUCAAACCAUAAAAGCAUUUUUGCAACCACCUAUGAAAGGAGUUGUUUUACAAACAUUUGGUUCAGGAAACAUUCCAAACAAUCGUCGUGAUUUGCAUGAAACACUUAGGGAGGCAACAGAUCGUGGGAUCAUUAUUGUUAAUUGCACUCAAUGCAUCACUGGAUCAGUAGCAGAAAUUUAUGAAACGGGACGUCAAUUGCUAGACUGCGGUGUUAUUCCAGGUUUUGAUAUGACACCCGAAGCUGCGCUAGCAAAAUUAUCUUACGUUUUGGGAAAGGAUGAUUGGAAUUUGAACACAAAGAAAGUCAUGAUGCAAAACAACUUAAGAGGUGAACUUACAAAUGGUAAAGCCCCGCAACUUGAUGACUAUGAUUUAGUUGAUGCUGUCGCACGUUCACUUCAUCUGUCAACGCCAAAAGAAUUGGAACAGCUUGGUGCUGUAUUAUUUCCUGCUAUGGUGAAUGCAUCAGUCGUCAGUGGUGAUACAAAGAAAAUUGAUAUGUUGAAGAGCUAUGGAGCAAAUUUGUCUGCUAUCAAUUAUGAUUUAAGAACAGCUUUACAUGUUGCUUGUGCGGAAGGAAACGAAGAUGUUGUAAAGCAUUUACUUCUCAAUGGAGCGGCAGUUCACAUACGUGACAGAUAUGACAGAAGUCCUCUCUUUGAAGCAAUAAACCAUGAUCAUCAUGAAAUAAUUAAAUUGUUGUUAAAAUGUGGCUCACACGUGACGGGAUCAACAAGAGGAUUAGGAGACAGCUUAUGCGGAGCAGCAGCAAGAGGUUUAAUAAAACGUCUAGAGUCUUAUCGUCUUGCAGGCGUUGACCUAUCACUUCAAGAUACAUCCGGAAGAACUGCUUUACACUUGGCAGCACUUCAUGGUCAUGUCAACGUUAUUGAUUAUUUACUCAAUCAUGAAGUGGAGUUUACGAAUGACCUACUCGGUCUAACACCCUUGGAUUAUGCAAAGAAAGGAAAUAACCUGUCAAUCAUUACUAAGCUCGAAUCAAAAAUCCCCCAUCUAAAUGGAAAUUCUGAUUAAACCUUUUUUUCAUUUUCUCAAUAAUCAAGAAGAAGAAAACUCAUGAAAAUUUUAUCUGUUGACUACGUAGGAUAUAAAACAAGGAAAACAUUUAUGAAACAGCUUAAAUAAAUGAUUAUCUACUCAAGAAAAAUUCUCUUCACGAUUUCAUUUUUAUCUGUUUAUUUUCAUUUUUAAAUGUUAAAUGUGGGCGAACAAUAAAAAAUUAAUAGAACAGUAUUUACUUAAAAAUUCUAUAAAUGCUGAAACAAUUA